AUGAGCAUUGGCUUCCACUUAAAGUCGCCAGCUGCAUUAGCCCCUAAAAGGAGAGUCAGCCUGUCCUUUGAGGGAGCGGCGAAGGAGGAGCCCAAGAGGAGAUCGGUGAGCUUGUCAGCUAAACCGGCUCCUGCGAAAGUGAAACCAAAGCCAAAAAGGGCGGCGGGAAAGGAUAAAUCUUCAGACAAGGAACUGCAAACAAAAGGGAAAAGGGAGCAAAGGGGAAACAGGCCGAAGCGGCUAACCAACCGGGAGACUAAAGAAGACUUACCUGCAGAAAACGGAGAAACUAAAAACGAGGACAGCCCGGCCUCUGACGAAGCAGGAGAGAAAGAAGCCAAGGCUGAUUAA